UUUCUUCAAUAAUUCCUAAACUCUAAAAAUAAAAUCUCCAUGGACAUCAACCAUCUUAAGUUCAUAAGUGAUAAUUCCAGUUGGGGAGGAGAGCCUAGCACCAUACCCAUGGAAACUGAUCAUCAUCAUCACCAGUUUCCCUUUCAUGAUCAGACUGUGUGGCCUAACUUUCAACAUCACAAUCACACUGAAAAUCUGCAGAUUCCUGCGACUUGUUUAGGUGCAGGCGGCAGUAAUAAUGGAGAAGAUGGAGAAGAAGGCGGCGAAGAAGAAGAGCUAGGAGCCGUGAAGGAGAUGAUGUUCAAGAUUGCAGCUAUGCAGCCGGUUGAUAUCGACCCAGCCACCAUCCGCAAGCCCAAGCGCCGCAACGUCAGAAUCAGCGACGACCCCCAGAGCGUCGCCGCCAGGCUCCGCCGUGAGAAGAUAAGCGAGAAGAUCAGAAUCCUCCAGAGACUCGUCCCCGGCGGCACCAAAAUGGACACCGCCUCCAUGCUAGACGAAGCCAUCCGCUAUGUCAAGUUCUUGAAACGCCAAAUCCGCCUCCUCCAACUCAACCACCACCCACCACCACCUCCCGCCGGAAAUUGGGCCGCCGCCGCCGCAACAACCUUCGGCGGAAACGCGGUAACGGACGACCCAACGGCCUCCAUGUGCCUCAACCACGAGGUAAUUGGCGAUUAACUGAAAAAAAAGGCCGUCAUUUUUAUUAUUAUGUACUUAAUUAUCAAAAUAAAUAAUAUAUCAAAAAAAAACUAAAUUAAUUAA